GGUUGAUCAUUUUACGGAGUACUUUACUUUGGUAUUUGCAAAUUCUCUUAUUGAUUUCUUGCUUGGAAGUUAGUUCGCCAGCGAAACCACGGCUCAUCAUGGAUGUAGAGCUGUAUGUCUAUGACUUGUCCCAGGGAAUGGCACGAAUGUAUUCGAUGGCCUUGACUGGGACGCAAAUUGAUGCUGUGUAUCAUACCUCCCUAGUCUUCAAUAACGUUGAGUACUACUUCGGCCAGGGUAUUCAGACUGCUCUCCCUGGUAGCACGCAUCAUGGACAACCCAUGGAGAAAGUCCAUAUGGGCAAGAGCGAGCUCCCGUUCGAAGUGAUAGAGGAGUAUCUGCAAUCGCUGAGCUCUGUCUAUUCUCCAGAGUCUUACGACCUCUUCCUGCAUAACUGCAACAACUUCACCCAAGAUUUGUCCAUGUUCCUUGUCGGGAAGAGUAUCCCGGAGCAUAUUCGGAAUCUUCCUGAGACGUUUCUCCGCACGCCGCUAGGUCAGAUGCUGAAGCCCCAGUUGGAGGGUGCCCUCCGUGGGGUAACGCAGGCCCCAGGGCCAGGUCUGCCAGGACCUUCUGCACGGCCUGCUGCUGUCCAGGCCCAGAACAAGGCCCGGGUGGUAAGCAACUUGAGCGAGCUUCAGACACAACUUUCUUCCGCUUCGAAGACUUGUGCGGUCAUAUUCUUCACCUCGGCGACUUGCCCCCCGUGCAAGAUGAUGUACCCGUUGUACGAUGAGCUCGCUGAGGAGGCUGGCGCUCGGGCUGUCCUCAUCAAGGUGGACACCAGUAUUGCCCAGGACGUUGGCAUGCGGUACAGCAUCCGCGCAACACCUACCUUCAUGACCUUCCUACGAGGCGAACAACUCGAUCAAUGGAGCGGAGCGGAUGCAGGCAAGCUACGUGGUAACGUCGGGCUCCUUCUCGAGAUGGCACACCCUACGCACCGACACCGCGAGCUUCGCCUGCCCAGCUUCCAGCGCACCAUCACCAACUACGUCAUGUACAAGAAGACUCCUCCACUUGAGAAGCUCGUCCAGAAGCUCAAACCACACGACCAAGACGCCACCCUCCUCUCCAUCAUCGACUUCAUCAAGCGUCGCACCGAGUCCGCAGCAGACACUCCAUUACCAGCCGACCUACCUCACUUCGCACCCUACCUCACGCAAACCUUCCAGUCUCUCCCGGUAGAGAACCGCUUCGCCCUCGUCGACCUCGUCCGGCUCCUCUUCAUCGACCCCCGCGUGGCAGGCUACUUCGCCGAAGACCCAGCGCACACUCUCCUCCAAGCCCUCUUCUCCCUGGACGACCCCUCUGAAUUCAGCACCCCCUACAACCUCCGCAUCGUCACCCUCCAACUCGCCUGCAACCUCUUCUCAACCCCCCUCUACACUCACCACCUCUCCUCCCCAACCAACCCGCUCCGCCCAACCCUCCUCUCCCUCCUAACAUCCACCCUCCUCGACACGCACAGCAACCUCCGCGUCGUCGCCGCCUCUCUAGCCUACAACCUCGCCGCAAUAAACCAUAACGCCCGAUUCACUGCUGCCACCAACCAAGACGCCAGCGCCGAGCCCCUAACAGAAGAAGAACAAGUCGCGCUAACAGCCUCGGUCGCCGAAGCGCUCACACAGGAAACAAGCAGCGCCGAGGCCCUGCACGGGCUCCUCUUCGCCCUAGGGCUUCUGAUCUACGAGGCGCCUGUUGACGGCGCAGUGCUAGAUCUUUGUCACGCGCUAGGUCUGAAAGAUGUCGUGGACGAGAAAAAGAGCGUUGAGGGUGUCAAAGGUGACUCUUUGUUCAAGGAGGUUGGGGGCGAGCUAUUGGGGAGGGGCCUGUAAGAUAGUCUCAAUAAUCAAUCGCUGCGUUUCAGAUGACGAGGAAGGGAAGUCUAACUUCUGGCCCUAGCCUAGAGGUUUAGGUUUGGAUGUUGUUUGAUUUGCUUUACUUUGCUUUGCUUUGUUUUGCCUAGAUUUGAUUAGACUCGGGAUCGGAGAUGAAUGGAGCGAGGGCGAGUGAGACGCAGGCCUUUCCUUACUUCAAGACACUUAACUCAAAGUUUUUUCUACCUACGGCUCGUUCUUUGAGUUGGAACUUAGCAGGCUUGACUUUGAGAAAGGGGUACUGGGGUACUUUUGUACUUAAUCAAACAAAUCAAAGAAAGAAUCAGCAAACCGUUGGAAUGAUCGUAAGCCAACGACCUGACAUGACCUGGC